CACUCAAUGAUUUCACUGUGGCGACAAAAUAACAUUUACCUUCCAGCUGGGAAACGUAUUAUCCAGUCUAAGCCAAAGGGUGUUCCUCUAAAUCCUUUGAUAUUAAUUCAGAAUGAGAGAAACAUGUAGAGAAACUUUCGUUUCCUCAUCACCUGGACCUGAUAUCAUCAAAGCAAGCAGAUGAAAGGUUCUUCUAAAAGUUUGCUGUUGUGAAUUAUGCUGAGGUCUGACAUUGAGCACCUAAAAAUGAGAAAAGACCAAGAGUUUCUCACAACAUCACAUUAUUACAAUCAUUAUGAAAGUUUUCUUUUGUCAUGCAAUUGCAUGUGACAUAUUAGUUUGUCAGCAGAUAUUUGGUGGCAAAUCUGAAUUAGUAGACCUGCUACUAUACUUAUAGUAUUGUGAUUUUAUAAUGGCUCACAAUCAACAUUUAUUAUGGACAAUCAGAGGAACAAAGGCUUCUUCUAAAGACAAUUUGGAUCCUAAUAUUUUCUUCAGCUCCGGAAAUACUGGUAGGUCCAGGCAGGGGAGGCCUGUUCAGAGAGUCAAAAGUGCGGCACCUAGAAUUGGCAGAAGGCAUCUUGGUAUUAAAAACGAUAACAAUGUUAAUGCAAGUCCUUCAGGAAGUCAGUCUUCAUUUCUGCACAAUCCCUCACCAACCCCUGUAACCUCACGCCCCUUGUCGUCAAGAAGUGGAAGAAGUUCUUAUAGCUCCAUGCAAAAGAAUAAACAAGAACCCAGUGCAUCUCCUACAUCUUUAUUCCUUCAGCUUCAUAAAGCAAGAUGCAAGUCAGCUCCUCCAAGACCUGUUCACUAUUAUCUUCCGCAGAAAUCCAAAGCUUGGCAAUCACGUGAUGGUUCUGCAUCCCCCUCUUCUCGAAGUGCCCCAAAACGUGCAUGGCAGAACAGGAUAAGUUCUGCAAAGAGUCAACGUUCACUCAUGUCUAGAGAAGAAGUAGAAAAACGACACAGAGGGCACUGUAAAUCAGCUCCUCUUCCUUAUGAUUUUAGUGGUAUUGAAGUUGUAACCUCUGUUCCUAGGCAUGGUUCUGAUAUUCAAAGAUUAAAAGCUUUUACUCGUCCAUUAACCUGUAUGCCAGAUAUUAUUCGGAAUGUUCUUUCACACAAUGGCUUAAAACAUUGCUGUUCUGCUUAUCAGCCCAGGCCUAAAUCUUCUCCUUCUUCGAGACAACAGUUUUGGCCUGUUGCAAGACCCACUGUGUUUCAAAGGGGAGAUGUUCCAAAAUAUCUUCACUUUGUGAAACCAGCAGGAUUUUGGGUACGUGGGGAAGGCAGUCAUCCUAAAACUUGUCCUGAUGAUGAUCCCUCUUUACUAAAUGACAACCAACUUGAUUUCCCUUUAAAUUAUGAGGAUGACUUUGAUGAAACAGUGCUGUUUGAAGAACAGUUUAUUGUACCUGCUUCACCCUCUGAGGCAUCAUUCACAGAGGGGAGAUACUCAACAGAACUAAGAGAUGAAGAGUUACAAACAGAACAGAAUUUAGAUACCAACCCCUGUGAAGGACUUACUGAAAAAUAUUUGAAUGACAAAGAAGGAGAAGGUGUCAAAUAUUGGCCUGAUAAUCAAAUGACUCAUGUGUCAACUCAAGAACAACCUCAAGCUGACAUCAAGACUUCAGAUGCAGACCCUUUGGAACCUGUUGCUGAAAUUAUCAUAACUAAGUUGGAACCAGAUCAGAGUCCAUCUCCUGAAAACGCUAAAGAAGAGCAAACAGAGGCUAGCACAAAUGAUGAAUGUGAUGCUGAUAUACACAAUGAUGUUCCAGAGAUUCCACAGUGGGCAGCCCAAGAAGAUAUGAUUCAAGCAGGAGAUAUAAGCUUAGAUGAAGUAAGGGAAGAGGUUGUUGUGCCAGAGCCUGUGGAUGAACCUGCUCAGAUUGAAAAACAACCAGAGAAUGAAGUAGAAGAUGAGCCUGUGGCUCAAAAGCUCAGUGAGGUUCCUCAGAAGGCAGAGGAGGAGACACACAAAGCACAAAAACUUCAAGUGAAGUUCUCGGAUUCUCUUAUUCUUACAAGUUUUAAGUCACCAUCACCUAAAGAAGAAAAGAAGGAGCCAGUGGUUAAACCUAUUUUAAAACCCUCCCCAACAUUUACGCGCAAGGAGCCCAAAGUAGCACCAGGCACACAGAAGAGAACAACGCCUUUAUUUGAGCGCAAGGAGGUUGAAAAGCCACCACUGCCAAAACCACCUCCUGUUGCUCCAGGUCAAUCUGUGGAGGCAAUUAAAACAGAAGAUGAGGAGAAGAAGCUAGAUGAAGAAGGGAAGAAGCUAGAUGAAGAAGGGAAGGUGGGAGGAGAAAGGGAAGAAGUGUCACCCAAACAAGAGCCAGAAGUUUUACCCAGACCUGAGUAUAUAAGAGCACCUGGGGCCUACAGGAUGUAUGAUCCAAAGGACCUCCUUGAGUAUCGGUUGGAGCAAAAAAGAGAGUCAAGGCCAUUAAAGAAAUCUUUAACUAACUCAACAGUGCCACGUUUUUUGCCUUCGACUGAGGCCACUGAAGUUAUGACUUCUAUUAGGGAUGAACAUAAGCAAAGGAAAGAAGGAAUGAAACCCUGGCUUCAAGGAAGACUAGCACUUUCUAAGCAGACAAGUAGAUUUGAACUUCCCAUGGAUGUGAAAUUACUUGAAGAGAUGACACCAAUGGAGUAUUUGACAAAGUACUGUAUUAUAAGCACAAGAAGGAAAGCACUUUACAAGCAUAUAUUUCAGAAGGUGGAUAAAGACAGAGAUAAUCAAAUAACUUUUAAGGAGAUGAAUAGGGGCUUAAGAGAGAUACACGUGGACUCUAUAUCAACAGAGCAGAUUAAGAAACUAAUAGAGAUGGUUGAAGGAAAUGAGAAGUCUACUUUCAGUCUGGCACAGUUUUCAGCAAUUGCUGCAUUUUCUGAAAGGUUGCUCCUCUCAGAAACACAGGUGACAGAAAAGAACAACCCAUACAGUUCAAAGGAAAUUAUUGAAGAGGCAGACUUCUGUGGAUUGAAAUCAAAACUUAGUGGAUUCCCUGUUAACCCCAACGUGAGGAAAAUUCUGGAAGUGCUCUAAGUUGAUAAAAAUAAUAUAUGUUUAGUAAACUUAAUUAUAAAUUGGUGGAUAUGUGACAUGUUGUUGCACCAUAUUUAAUAUUUAAAAAGAGAGGGAUACAAUUUGUUCAUAUUUUAACAGAUCAAGGAUCUUUUAUAGUAAGCUAAUUGUACAUAGUAGAAAUUAUACAGUAGGAUCUAACACUUUUGGUAUUGGGCCUGGUAAUAGGAGCCAAUGCCAUUUUGUAAUUACAUAGGAACUACUGCUUAAAACGGUGGGGUUGAAACUCUUUGGAGGGAAGAAUCAUCUGUUUAUACUCUUUGUAAAUGUAGUGUCAUGUUAGGUUGUUCAAUUUGUAGUGGAAGAACCCAUUUGUAUUUCGGUUUGUUGCUUUCUCUCUGCCUAAGAAAAAACUAAAGAUAAGUCUGUAUAUCAUAUGGACCUCAGGGAUAACCUUAAUACUUUGUACCCACAACUGAAAAUAACAAGGCAUGUUAAAAAAAAAUCGAAUCACUGGUGUAUCUUGACAGCAUGGAUAUUCCAGGAAAAAACAAACCUUGUACUUUUUUUUUUCCUCAGGAGUAACUACAGUUAUAUGAAAAUAUUGUAAUUAAUGAAACUAAAUGUGUUCUAAUGCACAUUAACACAUAAAAGCCAAAGUCUUACAAGAGAAACUCAGUUACUUAACUCAGUUACUUUACUCAGUAGUUAAUGUUUUCAAUUUUUUUAUUUGCAAAAUAUAUUUGUUAAUUUCAAGAAUAUCCAUUUGUUAAGUAUUCCAUACACAGAAUAUGUAGUGUUAACUCUGUUAUUUUAUCCUAGGAAGGAUUUUUUGUAUAAAUUUGGUUUAAAAUAAAUCAGCAUAUUGAAGGAAAAUACCUUUUUGUUCAUCCCUAGAACUUUUCUGUUGAAAAAACAUUAUUUUCUUCCAGCUGAUGGAAACCUUAACCCAUCACUUAGAAAAGUAGGGCAAGUGAAAGGUGUUUUUCAUCGUCACAAACAUGGGAUAAAGAAAAAUUCUUAUUUUCCAUGAGAAAUCAAACCUCAGACCUUUGCAUUAAUAGCCAUUAUGAAGUUCAU